AUGUCGAAAGUUUUCCGAGACAGUGCCUUGGUCGUAAAGAAGAAAACCCCAUCGGUUUUGUUACUGAUAAUUAAGAAGAAAUGGGUUCUCGGGAAUCUCCGAUGUAAUGACAUUCCUCCCAUUGGAGAAGUAAUCAUGAUUGAUUGGAGGAAUACUGGAGGUCCUGAUACUAUCGAUAUUUGCAGUUGGAACAGUUAUAGUGAUACAAUGGGAGGAUUUGUUGUAAGUGAAUCGGCUGAAACCGGAACAAAGUUCACUGGAAUGUUUUAUACCAUGGGCAGGAUUAUAUACAGUGGAGUUGCGCUAGAAAACCCAGCAGUUUUCAACAAUGUCAUCGGAGUAGUUCAGGAUACGGCGAAUGUGUUAAACAAGGACUACAUUGGAAAACUUAGAGCUACUGUUUCGUUUGAUGAGCAUUGUGAUGGUUGUCAUUGGGCUAUCAUCAGUGUGGACGAGUACCUAAAAAAGGGAGAUAGCGAGCCUAACGUGAUUCCUAUUGAAAUUGAAUGGAAAAGGGAUAUCGAUCAGCGCGAGCGAGAUCCGAAACUCCUCUACAGUCUACUAGGCCGCGAAGUAAGUUUUGCGGCCUCCAAGGAUCCAAGGAACAGAGAGUGGUCAUGUGUUACGGGCACAGUCGAGCCCACCAAAGCAGAUAACUUCAACAUUUCCCGUGAGGGCGACUUCUUCAAAAUCGAGAUAGCUGUCGAAUAUAUUGGUUGUACGGAUGAACAUGGAUGUAUUCUUGUGUGGAGUGAUCUGGUGGAAUUUGUGGUCGACAAAAACAGGCUGUUUAAAGAUCGUGAAUACGGCAUCUAUCAUGUUUAUGCUGCCCGACAUUAUCACAAGCUGCAGUUUGCUAAGUGGAAUGUUAAGUACGUAGGCCGGCUCAUAAAGCCAAUCGGUGGGCAUAUAAGCCGGUUCGAAGAUAAAGGUUGUUCCGAAAGUCAUGCAGCUGCGUCUGGGAAGUAUUCAAAGGAAGUGAAAUCUUCUGCGAAAGAAAAUGUAGAGGCGGAGAAUGUACUAAAUAAGGCCAUGCCAAAAGUUUUCCGAGACAGUGCCUUGGUCGUUAAGAAGGAAACCCUAACGGUUUUGUUAUUGAUAAUUAAGAAGAAAUGGGUGCUGGGGAAUUUCCGAUGUAGCUUCAUUCCUUCCGUUGGAGAAGUAAUCAUGAUUGAUUGGAGGAGUACAGAAAGUCGUGAUACUAUCGAUAUUCGCAGUUGGAAAAUUUAUAGUGAAGUUAUGGGAGGAUUUGUUGUAAGUGAAACAACUGAAGCUGGAGCUAAGGAGACCCGCUGGAAAGGAUCAAAGGUCAGGGAAAUCGGAGAGGGUGUCAAGCUCUUCUACAACGGAGAGGACAUCAAACGAAAUGGCGUGGCUAUAGCUGUGGCGGACUCCCUUAAAGACUCCGUCUCCGCCGUCAACAGGAACAGCGGUCGAAUCAUGGCAAUCAUCCAAGGGCAGUUCUGGAGACUUAUACACUUGACUCCUGCCCAUCUCACUGGAAUGUUUUAUACCAUGGGCAGGAUUACAUAUGGUGGAGUAGCACUAGAAAAUCCAGCAGUUUUCAACAAUGUCAUAGGAGUAGUUCAGGAUACGGCGAAUGUGUUGAACAGGAACUAUAUCGGGAAAAUUAAAGCAACCGUAUCGUUCGAUGAAGAUUAUGAUGGUUGUCACUGGACUCUCAUUAGUGUAGAUGAAUACCUAAAAAAGGGAGUCAGCGAGUCCUUUGAUUGGACUGAUGGUCCUGAACUACGAUAUCUUAUGGGCUUCUGGAAAUUCCUCCGAAAGUUGGCUGCAAAAGCAGCUCUGCAUUCCGGCUACAGCGAUGAUGACUAUUCUUCUCUGCAGGGCAAAACAGUUACGGCAGUGGCUGUGCCCACGCACGAUCCGAAACUACCCUACAGUCUACUAGGCCGCAAAGUAAAUUUUGCGGCCUACAAGGAUCCAAGAAACCAGAAGUGGUCAUGUGUUGUGGGCACAAUCAAGCCCACCGAAACUAAUAACUUCAGUAUUUCCCGUGAGGGCGACUUUUUUAAAAUAGAGCUAGCUGUCGAGUACAUUGGUUGUACGGACGAACACGGAAGUAUUCUUGUGUGGAGCGAUCAGUUGGAAUUUGUGGUCGACACCAAUAGGCUUUUUAAAGAUCGUGAAUACGGCAUCUAUCGUGUUCAUGUUGCUCGACAUAAUCUACAGCUACAAUUCGCGAAGUGGAAUGUAAAAUACGUUGGCGAACUCAUAAAGCCAGUCGGUGGGCAUAUAAGCCGCUCCGAGGUGAGUUCGAAAAAUGAUUGA